AUGACUGAGGACACUGAAACCCUUAAGCGUCAAAGAACGGCAGCUCGGACGAAGGCUACUAAAAUAAUCCACGAUUUGCGGGUGCUAUGGAACCAGAAGGAAAAGGCUGAUGCAGACGACCUUGCUUAUGUCAUUAACCUAGCAGAAGACCACUUCAAUCGUCUGAAAACGGUCCAAGAGGAACUCGACGAACAUGAUGUUUCUGACGACUCUCACCACCUUAAAUUAAGGACAUUUUAUAACAACCCACAAUAUUCUAACGUGGAAAAGUUUGUUCACCUCAAGGGACACGUUAUCGGAGAAGCAGCAAAGUGCUUACAAGGCUUAGCAACUACCAACGAUAACUACGAUGUUGCAGUCAACCUCUUGAAUCGAAGAUUUGGAAACGAAGCUUGUAGAAGAGAAUCCUUGAUGGACAGCCUGCUGAACACUCCUCGUUUUAAGGAUGGAGAAAACCUGAGUCAACUGCUCCUGCCUGUACUAAAGAGUCGGAUUCCUGAAUCUUGGAGACUACAAUGGGCACGUUACAAGGAUUCGAAAAAGGUUUCGGAUUCGGAUCUUCAGGGAUUUCUAGACUUUCUGGAUAAGGAGGUCACCAUCCGUUUAGAGUCUACUCAGCCACCCAUAGGAAAAUACCCAAGCCCAGCGGCAUCACCAUCAGCAGCAGCGCCAAUAACACCAAGGAAGAGCGUUACAAGUGUGCUCAGCCUUCAACAACAACCAACAACAGUAAGUAAGAAAGACUGGGUUUGUAAAGCUUGUAACCGUGGCCAACACGAUCUGUUUAAGUGUCAACAGUACCGGAAAAUGUCUAUAGAUAAGCGUUGGGCAAUUGUGAAGUCAGCGGGCCUCUGUUUCCAGUGUUUAGGGCCACAUAACUACCGCUCCUGUACCAGUAACAAAUGCCCUUAUUGUGACAACCCACAUCACUCAUCGCUUCACAGACAAGAUUUGAGACAGCUCUCACCUUUGGCCACACCGUACCAUCCCUCACAGUCUCACAACAUUUUGGCCAACCAUACCUUUUCAGAACCAAGAUGGAAGUGGAUCAAGAGUGCCAAUGCAUAUGAUGGAUGUGCAACGAGCCCAGGCCCAACUUGUGAAGGAGUCGACAUUACUGAGCACCACCAGCACCUGACUGAACAGAGGUAUAACGUUACCACCAGUAAAUUUUGCUAUAGUAGUACAGCACUCGUGGUAGCAGUUAAUGGCGGCCACACUAGAUUGGUCAGGCUCCUUAUAGAUGGAGGUUCUGACUCUUCAUACAUACGUACUUCAGUUGCUGAGGCCCUGCAAUUCCCUAUCACCGGUUCUGGUACCUUCGCCUGUAUCGGGUUUCAAGAAAAGAUGGAGAUCCAAACGUACGACCAAGUACGUAUAACCCUGAGGGGUCGUUAUGGUGGUCCUUCUUUGGAUUUUAACUUGUGGAAGACGGAUCACUUGUGUGCUCCUCUACCACCAAGGAAGCUACCUUCAUGGCCUGGAUUAGAGGAAAUACAACUUGCGGACGACUUCAGCGCAGGAAAUAUAGAUAUACUGAUUGGGACCGAUCAAAUCUAUGAUGUCAUUCUUUGGAACCAGAUUCCAAUCUCAAAAGACCUUAGAGCCAUUGAAACCGUCUUCGGGUACGUCGUUCAUGGGGGAACUGAAAUUUCUCAACUCCUACCUCCACGUCAGUCUUACUACCGGAAGACUGUUAAUUCUCUAUGGGAUCUCGAUAGUCUCGGGAUUUCGGAUCAAGAAGUGAGCGAUGUCAAGAAGUACCCACAGCCGAGAUGGAAUGAAAAUGAAAACCGUUACGAGAUGGACCUUGCUUGGAGAUCAGAUGAGAGACCAGUGACCAACUUACGAUCUACAAAGGCCAGAACAGACAAAAUGAGUGUUAGACUUUACGCCAAGGACCUCUCAGAGUAUGAUGACCAUCUAGCCAGUCUGUACAAGAGCUCUAUCAUCGAGUAUGCCCCCAGACACCAAGAACCCUCGGCAUUCUUUUUGCCUCACCGAGGCAUACACAGAAAAGAUCCACGAUUGCGUCACAUGAUUGAACGCGGUAUCUACAUGGACGACUUAUGCCUCACCUUCCCUUCAGUUGCAGAAGCACAUGAAGGAAUGGAAGAAGUAAGAAGACUCUUCGCAGCAGCUGGCAUGGAACUUCACAAAACACAACUAACUCCAGCCUGCCAAGAAGAGGUACGCAAGUGGUGGGGAGAUGCUCUUAACAUUAGGGAAGUACCACUUCCUCGUUGUGCUGGUGCCUUUGCGGAGCAAUCUACCACCUUUUGCGUCUUUUGUGAUGCAUCUCAACAGGCGUAUUGCACCGCAAUCUACGCCGUCGGAAGUGGAGAGUCACGUCUGCUGGUGGCAAAAGGAAGAUUAGUUCCACUUAACCCGUCCCUCACCAUUCCCCGCCUCGAGCUCAUGGCGGCGUUUAUCGGCGUUAAGUUAAUGAACACAGUCUCCAAAGCACUUGACCUUCAUCCACCUACCAUAACUUACUGGAGCGACUCUAUGGAUGUUAUCUGCUGGAUUAAGUCUGAUAAACCUCUCAAGCUUUUUGUUAAGAACCAAGUCUCUUCAAUCCUGGAGUUUUCAUGCCGAGAAGAGUGGCACCAUGUUAGUAGCUUGGACAACCCUGCAGAUUUAGGGACCAGAGGUAUUUCCCUUAGUAGUCUGGUUUCCAAUAGCCUGUGGUGGAAAGGACCAGAAUUUUUACUGAACCCACCUGUUACCCCGCCACCUGUUUGCAAUGAGGAGGAUCUUGAGCUAAGUGAGACCGCAAAAGCAGAUUUGACUAGUACUAACACUAUAGCUUCUAAAAUUGUGACAACAGUUACCACAGAGCCUAAUUGUGACCUACCAGCUGGACCAUUCACUUUAACUAACUGUUCUUCUCUCAAACAGGCAGUCACCCGUACAGCAUGGAUAAGGCGUUUCUGUUAUAAUCUGCGUCAUCCACUAGAGGAGCGUAAGGUUGGCCCGCUCUACCCAGACGAGCGAAGAGAAGCUCUUCAUUUCUGGAUCCGUUUGGCACAGGAAAAGACUUAUGCAGCUGACAUGGAUGCACUACGGAAGGGAGUUCUCUUACCUUGUCACUCGUCACUUUCUAAGGUGAGACCUUGUCUCUGUACAGACGAAUUACUGAGGGCAACUCUAUUGACCAACGAGCCUUUAGUCAUCAUCCUCCCAGACCUCAGUUACAUCACCACUCUCAUAGUAGAUGAGGCCCACCGUCGCUGCUUCCACCAAAGUACCGAGGACUGCCAUACCGCUCUGCGGAAGGAUCACUACCAGAAUUCAGAACGGCACCUGCUCGAGCACAAGGUCGUUCUUGACUACUUUGGACAGAUUUACGUGGAUCCUGGAGAAACUAAAGUGUGGGGAUUGCUUAUAACCUGUGCGGCUACGCGCGCCGUUCAUCUAGAACUCGCCAGUGUGAUAGGGCCUUUAGUAGCCUGCGUGAAGAAGUCUCUCAAGAUAACCCUGCACCAAUGUCACCUCUCCUAUGAUGAGCUUGUUGCCACCUUCUGCGAGCUAGCAUUCCACUUGAACCUUCGCCCCCUAACAAGUGAUAACGGGGAAGAUGCUGUAACUCCUGCCCACUUCCUCUUCGGCGUAACAUCUCUACAAGGAGUGAUCUCACCAGCUGUUGAACCUACAACCACAUUGGACCGUGCGUGGCGUAAUAGGAGACGAAUAUCUGACCAUCUUAACCGAAGAUGGACAAGAGAGUACCUACAAGCAUUGAGGACAUGGAACACUACCCCUCGAGGACUCUUAAUAUUGGAGAGUGUUAAGGCCCGCCCGUAA